CACACUUCCUCCCUAGAGCUUAGAAAAACAACUGAACACGUGAACUCAUCAGCUUUGAAAAAUCCUGAGAGAGUGGUAACAUCUGUUUCAGGCAAAUAUGAAGAUAGACAUCUUGCUUUUUGUUCUCCUCAGCCUCCAGGCUAAAAUUCUAGCAGAAAAUUUCAAUGAGUCUGCCCAGCUGAAGUUGAUUGAAUACCAUAAUAGAGGCUUAAAAUUGACCUGUCACUAUCCUGAAGAUGCCCGGGACUUUAAAAUGCAGUUGCUGAAUGGGACUGGAAAGCAAAAAAUCUGUGAACUCAAAAAGGAUAAUCAAGUUGUUGAAAAGACCAAGGAGUGGGUGUCUUGUGAGCCCGAGCUUUCCAAGACAAGUGUAAUUUUCUUCUUGUCUGACUUGAACAGCACUCAUACUGGCCAUUACUUCUGUAGUCUACAUAUUACUUUUCCUCCUCCUUACCAGAACAGUACUUCAAAUGGAGUUUAUGUACAUAUCUACGAAUCAAAGUCUUGUUUCCCUCUGGUCUUAUGGCUAUCUAUUGGAAUUGCAUUUCUCCUCUGUUUUACCGGAAUUUUUGUUGGCACGUUUUCUUACUGUGUAAGAAAAAAGACGAGCCAAAGCCAAUCUAGUUUGCAUGAAACUAAUAGUGAAUAUAUGCCUAUGGCAGCAGUGACUGCAGCUAAAAACCCUGGAUUCAAAGGUAUGAGCACAUAAUCAGAAGCUAGAGUGUCUAUGCUGGGAAGCAUGCAAGUCAACUCUUUCUACUUGGAAUUCUCUAUUCUUCUCAUUCAACCAGGGGCUUUGAAUUCAUUUGGUUAUACUAUACGUGGAUCCCAGUGACUGUAUCUGUCAAUGGCUUUUCAACAGGUUGGGACAGUUGGGCCCAGCUCAGACAUCGGCCCCUGACAAAAAUAAACACAUCCACCUUUGGAAAAAAAAGCUCAAAAAAAAAAAGAAUGAAGCCAAUGCUAUAAAAUCUCUUCUGAGGAAAAUGUCUAGCACUUUUUCUCAGAUCACUUACAGACUACCUCUUCUUUUCCAUGGAGUCGUUUAUCGUACUUAGCAAACACCUUAGAAGCUUGAAACAUACCCAUAGGAUAAUAGGGGGAAACACUUGCACUGUACCUAAGGACUUUGAAGAUAUUGGGUAGCCCUGCAGCAGGGCAAUAUUGUUCUGACUUCAAGUACCUUAGGAACUUCAGGAUGCAAUUCAGAAAGAGUUUAAAUAUAUUUUAUUUUCUAGCAGAAUUCUCUUAUUUGCUCAUUUCCUUCUGUGCAUCUACUUUUCUAUCAAGCGGAGUCAAGGGGAUAUUUCUAAAUUAUUUCUGUGAAGUUCAGAAAGACUAUAUGGUAUUUUGAGACUAUAUGGUAUUUUGAGAUCUUGAUAAAUAUAAUCUGUUUUCCCUAAAACAAAUGAUCUGUCACAGAAACUUAUCUUGUUACUUCAAAUUUAUCUGAUCAUAUCAGCUACUUCAGCAUCAUCAGUGAUAUGAAACACUACUCAGCAUUGCUGUAGCUUCCUCGGAUAUUAUCAGUCUUCUAUUGUAUUUGGUGGUUACCAGCCAAUGUCAUUUUCAUAGAUCCAAUUUAAGCAGAGGAUUUUCUGUGGCAAUGUGAUCCUCUUCUAGUGGAGGGUCCGGUAACCUACUUGAAAAGUUCUAGGCUGCCUACAUGGCCAACAAUCUCAAUAAAACUGCUAUUUAAACCUUGCAUCCUUAUAUGCUAGAGGAGCUCUCAGAACUCCCAGACCCAAGGAAUUAAGAUGGAAGGACCUGUGAUAGUCCACAUGGUCCUGAAAUAAGCACUAGAGGUCUGUCUCCUUCAUAAAGGUUGAAUGACUUCCAUUGGUAUGCCCUAGCUCCAGUUCCUUUUGCCUUAGGGUUUGCAAAUAACUGGAGGAGUCACAGGGACCUCAUGCUGAACCAGUUCACCCUAAAACCCACUAGGAAGUUCUGAGUUUCUGAUAGGAUCAUAGAAUAACUCUGAAUUCAUGAUGGAUGCUUAGAAUAGAAUGAGAUAGAUUUCUUUUGAAACCUCCUUUGUCAAAGGAGGGAUUUCUUUUGAAACCUCCUUUAUCAGGAAUACAUUUAAAAUGAAAUCCUUGGUUCUAAUAUCCUCUCAGCUUCAUUUUUCUUUUAUAUAAUCACAGCUUCCAAGUUACAAAAAUGUAUGUAAGUUCUCUUUUGCCUCUUAUGUGAACUGAGUGUCUAGUAGUAUGCAAAAUGAUAGUCUAGAAUCAUUAAUGUUUUAGUUAUUGAUAUCAUUAUGUAUACCUAUGUGCUUUAAGUGUGCAUAGUGUUGAGUUUGUACAGUAUAAUACUGAACUUGUAAUUUGAAUCAAGUUUUGAUGUUCACUGCCUUCAGUCACCUGGACUAACUUUGUAGUUCUGAAGAGAUUUUUACUAAGUCUUUUUUGACUAAGUGUAUUGAGAGUGGACAAAUAGGCUGAAUUUUGAUAUGUUGGCCUUUUGGCCAACAGGCACAUUAAUACAAUGCUUCUUCUGUCAAUAGCGUUGAACAUUUCAAAGUAAAUUUAUUAAAAGGCAAAAUUCCUGUUAAAUGAAUUUGGUUUAACAGUAUCAGAUUUUCAAAUGAAUUAAAAAAGUAAUAAAGACAAAGGUUUUUUUUUUUACA